CCUCUUAGGCUGAUUCUCUGAAUCAUAUUUCUCUGUUCAAGGGAUUACUAUCAAAUUAUCUAUCUAACCUUGUUAUGUACAUCUAGGUACAUAACAAUUGGUAUCAGAUUCGUUUGAUCCAUGGGGGAUUUUUCGUAUCUAGUUAGGGAGAAAGCUGAAGCCUAUCUCUAUUUCCUUGAUGUCAAGAGAAGGUAUAGUGAACUUCUUAACGAUGAACCUUCACCAUGUCGAAAUUAUCAUCUUUCGCAAUUAGAGUCUCUAAUCCCUUUCGCCAAGCUUCGGUGGGAAUCAAUUUACAUACCACCAUCAGCGAUUAAGGAGUUACAUUAAAUCCAUGGGGUUAACGAAUCUCAACAUAUUCAAGAAGAAAUUCACUCUAAAGAACCAACAGUGGAAGAAGCUGUGGGUCCAGAAGAAACAAAGAUUGAAGAGUUGAUUGUGUCUGACGAAUUGAUUGCUGAUUCUUUCGAUUCCACUGAUGAGUUGAUUCCAUCGUUCUUCUUUGAUGACAAAGCAGAUCCAACCACUGACGUAGAAGAAUAUUGGAUUCCUUCGUUUUUUUUCGAUGAAGACAAAGAGGAUUCAAUAGUCGAAUCAAUUCUAACCAAGGGUGUGAACGUUGCAGUGAAUGAGUUCGAUAGGAAGAAUCAUAUCUUGGGUUCUUCCAAACCAGUAAUUGGUGAGUGUUUUCCCAUUACUCUCAAUUUUUCUCACAUCACAUUUGAUCCAGGAAAAUAUUUCAAACUCAUUAGAAGGUUUUGUUACUUAGCUGGUGUUUCGGAAUUCGGUUUCGAUUCAAUUACUUCUUGUUCUUUUACACUAUAUGUUUGCUCCAUUUCAAGGGAUGAAUUUGAUAGAACUUCUGUAUAUGAGCUGAAUUCCAAGAAUGGGUACUGGUCAGAUUCAUGGUUUAGCGUUCAAAUUGCUUGUAUGUUAGAUAAUGGUAGAGUUGCUCGUACUGCUUGGCAGAUAUUUGUUAAGAUUCCUCAAAGGGAUAUUUUGUGUUUGAAGAGCGAAAAUGUUGUCAGCCAUCAAUUGCGUACUACAAAGGCCACUGCGAAUGCUUUCAUCAAGAUAAGUCAGGUUAAAAAUGUUGAGGUUAGUUGUGAGGAACUUAAAAGCUUAAAGGAGUAUGUCAUCAUCAUUCACAACAAAUUACUGGUUUAUAAGCUAAUUCCGAAGCUUGGAUAUUGCUUAGAUUUGCUAAUUGAGUAUUCAACUGUGUUUUUGCUUGUUCAAAAUGGCGAUAAUCUGUUUGCUAAUUACAAUGGAAAGUGCAUUAUUGCACUUAUUUUCAAACUGGGAUACCCGUUAAAGCUGCUACGGAAGAGCUCGAUUACAUUCAUGCUGGUUACAGGGGUUGAGACUGGUGUUGUUUGUAAGUUGUUAGAUAAAAGACUACAGCAGGGUUUAGUUCUAUGGUCCAGGCUGAUACUUCAAGUGACAUAUAAUGGUAUAUCACAGAGCUCAAAGAGACUCACCUGUAAGUCUGUGUUUCUUUCUCUUAAUGCCAGCAAACUGUGUCAUGAGUCUUUGCAGCAGGGGAUCAAAUUAUGCUUUCUUAAUCUCAGUUUGUGCAGUGUAGCAAGUGGCAUUGUUUUUACUUUGUUUUUCACCGGGAUACCAGAACAACUUGGCUCUACAGUUUGUGGUAGUAAUGAAUAUAAUUCUGGCUGA